GUUCGCUAAAAUAUAAGACGGAUUUAUACACAAAGCAAAGCUUUAAAUUAUUCUGUUCAAUCAAAAGCCCAAAUUACUGAAAGCCCAUUUGAAAAAUCUUUCAACUAUAGCGCCUCUGCUCCCGCCACAGCCCAAACCCUAAUCUUCUUCUUCCUCCACCGUGGCUCGAACACUACCGCCGUCGAUUUUCUAUUUCCUUGCUUGCCGUAGGUGCUGAAGCGACUGACUUAGACUCUCUCAAGAACUAGGAAGGGAACUCACCGGCGCAAUUGAUCAAUCACUUGGAUUAUACUCUGCAUAAAAGAGCUCGAGAAAUCUAGACUGCCGCCUUCCUAUUUGCUCGCCACGGCGGAGUUUGUGGCCUGAGAAAAUGAGCUUAAUUUCUCAAAAUGCCCUACCUAAGGAGGCAGGGAAGAAGAAAAAGAGGGUGAUGGAGAAAGCUAAGAUUGAACUUGCUGAAGAAAGGGAAGAAGAGGUUGAAGACGGAGACAAGAUUAUCGUAGAUCCUACAAAGAAUAAGAAGAGAAAGAAAGGGCGGAAGGGGGACGACGACGACAAGCAAUUGGAAAUUGAGGAGGGGAAGCAGAGAAAGAAGCUCGAGAACUUUUUGUUUAGCUCCUUGUACUCACCGGUUGGGUUUGGGAAGGAUGAUGAAGAAGAAGAAGAAGCUAGAGAGGAGGUGGACAACAGCUCUGCGUUGUUCUUCACUGAUAGGUCAGCAGAUAGUACAUUGUCUGUGUACGAGGAGGACAUCGAGUCUGGAGAAGAGAAUGCUGAUGAACAGGAGAACAAUGAAAGAAAACCUGUGUGGGUCGAUGAUGAAGAGAAAAAGACUAGUAUAAACAUAGCUAACGUUAACAAACUGCGGAAGCUGAGGAAGGGAGAGGAUGAAAGUAUAAUUUCUGGUGAAGCGUAUGAGUCAAGAUUGAGAGCUCAACAUAUGAAGAUGAACCGUGGUACUGAUUGGGCACGUCUUAAUGCUCAGCCAGUGUAUAGCUCUGAAGAUGAUGAUUCUGACAAAGAAAAUGGAGUGGUUAUAGCAAGUGGUUACGAGCGUCCUGAAUAUGCUGAUGAUAUCCUCAGGACAAAUGAAGAUCUUGUUCUAAAGAGGAGUGUGAAAUUAUUGCCAGGGCUUCUUGAAUACUCGAGAUUGUCUGAUGCUAAUAUGAAGGACCCUUCCCAAGGUCCCAUUAAUUCUGUUCAGUUCCACAAGAAUGCACAGUUGCUCCUUGUUGGUGGGUUGGAUAGAACAUUGAAGUUCUUUCAAGUAGAUGGGAAGAAAAAUGAGAUGAUACAGAGCAUUUUUCUUGAGGACUGUCCUAUUCGAAAGGCUGCUUUCUUACCUGAUGGAUCACAGGCCAUUAUAUCAGGAAGGAGGAAGUUUGCUUAUAGCUUUGAUUUAGUCAAAGCUCACGUAGAUAAGAUAGGCCCUCUUGCAGGAAGGGAUGAGAAGAGCUUGGAAUCUUUUGAGGUUAGCCCUGAUUCUAAGACCAUCGCCUUUCUUGGAAACGAAGGGUAUAUUCUGUUAGUGUCAUCAAAGACGAAAGAACUGAUUGGAACACUGAAGAUGAACGGAAGUGUUAGAUCCAUAGCGUUCACUAAUGAUGGACAGCAGUUGUUGAGUUCUGGUGGGGAUGGGCAAAUUUAUCACUGGGAUCUAAGAACAAGGUCGUGCUUCCACAAAGGCGUGGAUGAAGGUUGUCUGACUGGCACAGCUUUGUCUGUUCCACCCGUUGGAAAUUUAUUUGCAGCUGGUUCAGACAGUGGGAUUGUGAACAUCUACAACAGAGAUGAGUUCAUAGGUGGGAAGAGAAAACCUAUAAAAGUUAUUGAGAACUUGACUACUAAGGUGGAUUUUAUGAAAUUUAACCCGGAUGCACAAAUUCUGGCCAUCAGUUCUCGCAUGAAGAAGAAUAGCAUGAAGCUGAUUCAUGUCCCGUCUUUAACUGUUUUUUCAAACUGGCCGCCUCCUAAUAAGGCUGUGCACUAUCCGAGCUGUAUGGAUUUCAGCCCUCACGGAGGUUUCAUGGCAGUGGGAAAUGCUGCUGGAAAAGUCUUGUUAUACAAGUUGCAUCACUAUAGUCGGGCUUAGUAAGUUUCUUAGCCAAAUUAGAUGCCAACUUUGUUGUUAUGUUUGCUGAUUGAGGCGCGUUCACGUGAUCUUUUUUGUGGAAUUCACAAUGGUUAUAUUUCUUCUCACAGAGAUGAAAGUUUGAUUUUCAUCACCCCUGGCAUUGAAAGUUUUUUCUUUGAGCCAUCUUGCACACAAAUUUUUGAAGGGGGUGAUAUAGUAAGCCGAUUGUACCUGUCUGAAGAAUUUAUAGUUUCAGGUUGUAGGGUUUUCUUUUUUGGGCCAUAUUCUUCUUUUGUAUCGUUAUAUGCAAUUAGCUUGUUACGCUUUUUGAACUGCAUUUGUGCGAUCUCAUUUAGUUUCUUUAAUCAUGUAGUAUUAUUUUGUCAGAGGAAA